GGUAGUGCCUGACGCGUGCCAAUGUUUAUCAUCGGGGGAGGAUUCAACAAACAAACCGGCUCUCUAUCGACUGACUAUCGCAUUGUAAUAAUAUAUGUUUAACAUUUGUGUAGCGAUAAGAUUCCUUUAAUAUUUUAACUCGUUUUCCCAUAAACUAAAUAAGUUUCAGUUCGUUUCGCAGUUGCUCACGGAACACUUUUAUUUUCUAGUAUAAUAUCUAAAAUUAUUGUGUCAAAUUGUAAUUGCCUGAUAAUGUCUUAUUAUACAAAACCCUAGCUUAUAAUUAAAAUAAUAAGUGUUUCAAGUGCAAAAAAAAAUCGGGUCGAAAUGAAAUUUCGACUACAUUUUCUCGUACUGCUUUUUUCAAUAAUAACUAAUACAACAUCUGGCUUAUAUAGUAACCAGCCGCGCUUUCGUUCAGAAAAUGGCCACUUGUUUAUCGAAAGUGCUACAAACCACAACAUUUCUUUGGUUACUAAAGGACAAGGCUAUGUGAACAUGAACGGCGAAAAUUUACAUCAUGUAAUAUCACUGGCUAGAGAAGCUUGGGAUACGGUAGAGUCGUUCCGGGCUAAUGAUUUACAAGUAUUUGCAGAAUCUCUCAAAAACCUAGCAGCCCUGUUAGAAGGACCAAGAAGUCUAACCAAUCGGCUAACUUCACUGGAGAUGCACUUUUUUAACAGUACUCCAACUACCGGCACGGCCAAAGGAAAAGAAGUAGGAAAUCCCGUUAAAUUUGGAAUGAGAUUAUCGAAUUUGGAGAAAAAGGUUUCCAAUCUUGUCAGUCUUUUAUCUGUAAGCGAGUGUUUGAGCAAUCCAUGCCAAAACGGUGGCACUUGCUUGGAUCAAUACAACGGAUUUCAGUGUAACUGUCCGCAAAACUGGCAGGGGAGAUUAUGCGAGAUAGAUGUCGACGAAUGUGUGCGUUUUAUGCACACAGAGUUGGGGUGCCAAAACGGGGCAGAAUGUAAGAACACCCCGGGCAGUUACGAAUGUCAAUGUGCUCCCAACUGGUACGGUUUGCACUGUACGAAAAGGAAAAACGACUGUAACAUGGCAACGUCUAAAGAACUGUGCGGAAAUGGCAUCUGCAUCAACCAAAUUUCUUCUCUAGGCUACACUUGCAUAUGCGAUCAAGGAUGGACAACCGACGGAAAUAAUCCGGCUUGCACCAAAGACGUGGACGAAUGCAAAGAAAACAAACAUACAUGCUCAGUAAACCCACCGGUAGACUGUAAAAACACCAGGGGGUCGUUUACAUGUGGAAAUUGUCCUAGAGGUUAUGAGGGUGAUGGAUUUGUGUGCACGGAUAACAAUGAAUGUUUACAGAAUAACGGCGGAUGUAGUUUAUUACCUAAAGUCCAAUGCAUCAAUACAAGGGGAUCAUUUCGUUGCGAGCCAUGUCCACCAGGAUAUAGUGGCGACGGGUUCAACUGUGUGUACGUCACUGGAGGGGUUUGUUCGAUCAACAACGGAGGCUGCCACUACAACGCUUUGUGCACAUCUUAUGGUCAGACAAUCCAAUGCACGUGUCGUUUGGGUUAUAGUGGAAUUGGAGUUGGCGAAAACGGAUGUGUUCCUACAGCCGUUUCGAAUGUUUGCGCAUCGAAUCCGUGUGGUCCUCACGGAAAUUGCGUUUCCAACUCGUCUAGUUUCACAUGUGUCUGCAAUCCAGGCUACACUGGAAAGGUAUGCGAAACACCGGUGAUCGACUCGUGUGAAGACACUCCUUGUGUUUUUGGGACUUGCAUUAGUGGAUUCGAACCGGGAACUACCGUUUGUGUGUGUCAAUCCGGAUACUUUGGGCCUUCGUGUGAAAAUCGUUUAGACAGUUGUGGCGGUUAUCUUAUGGAGUCCAAGGGAGAAAUCCGUUAUCCCGAGACGAACAACACUGCUACCUAUGAGAGCAAUUUAAACUGCGCUUGGUCCAUCGACGUGAACGACACUCAAGUGGUGAACAUGUCUUUCGUGUGGAUCGAUGUCGAAAAAUCGAUUGACUGUCGUUUCGAUUCGGUUGAGAUACUCAGCGGUGACGAAGACGAUGGAAAAUCAUUGGGAAAGUUUUGCGGACAAUCGUUGCCGGCCAAUAACAGCAUAAUAUCCGAUUCGAAUGUUGUGACCAUACGUUUUCGUAGUGAUCAAUCCAAGAACUAUAAAGGAUUUCAGCUGAACUAUACAACGACGCCACCGAACUGCGGCGGUGUAAUCAAUUUUGAAACGCACGGUACACUCAGUUCUCCCGGUUCUCCCGGGAAAUACCCUCCAAACCGAAACUGCUAUUGGACACUCAACGGUCCACCCGACAAGAGAAUACAAUUUCAAUUUUUUUCUUUCCGAUUAGAAAAACAACGUAAAUGCUAUGAUUAUUUGGAGAUUAGAGACGGCAUUUCUAUGAACAGUCCUGUUAUUGAUAAACUGUGCAACACCACGGUGCCUCCGCCGAUCUUAACUUCCAGUUCACACGCUCACUUGCACUUCCAUACGGAUUCAACUGGCCAAGAUUAUGGAUUCCAAAUGACAUACAGUGCUAUUGAAGGUGUACCAGGAUGCGGAGGUGUUCACACAAGCCCCUCGGGAACUAUUUCGUCUCCGAUGAACGUUUUGAGUGAUAGCAAAAUGUAUUUGGACAAUUUGAACUGCGAAUGGCACAUUAGAAUGCCUUUGAAACAAAAGCUUAAAUUAAUGUUUCUAAAGAGUUUUGAUAUAGAAUCGUCGAAAAACUGCACGUCCGAUUAUUUAGAAAUUCACGAUGGACCGACCAUAAAAUCACCAUUGAUCAGCCGCUAUUGCGGAUCAACCAAAUCUGAUCUUCCUAUUUUUAGUAGCAGUAACGAAGUGACCAUAUUGUUUAAAACCGACGUUUCUUCUGCUGCUGAAGGAUUCACCAUUAAAUACGAAACGAUAUGCGGAGGCACAUAUACUGAAAGCACUGGCAUAAUUGAAUCUCCGUUUUACCCUAAUCCGUAUCCGAAUAAUCGCGUUUGUAAAUAUCUCAUUUCUCAGCCAGUGGGUAAAGCAAUACGUCUUACAGUACUAAACAUGGACAUUGAAGACGUGACGUAUCCAAACUGUGUAUAUGAUUCACUCGAGAUACGAGACGGCGAUACGGAAAAUUCCACCAGAUUGGCGACAUUAUGUGGUUAUACAGAAAAAUUACCCAAACUACCCUUCAUUUCGACUCAUAAUUUUAUGUUACUCAAGUUCGUCACCGACAGCUCUAACAACAAUAAAGGGUUUCGUGCAAAUUAUACUACUAUUGACAUCUCAUGCGGCGGCAUACUGAAAGAGUCUGCAGGCAUCAUACAGUCGCCCAAACAUCCGGAAAAAUAUCUCCACAAUCAAUUUUGCAAAUGGAUCGUGUCGGUAAACGAAACUAAUCAAAUACAGAUAACGUGGCUCUCGUUUUCAUUAGAAAAUCAUAAAUCAUGCAACAACGAUUAUGUUGAAGUGUACGACAAUAGUAUAGAGGGUAAUUCGUCGAAAAUUGCUAGAUAUUGUGGAACCAAAGUGCCACCUGUGUUGACUUCAAUGGGAAAUCGUGUGACGGUUGUUUUCAAAACGGAUCAAUCGGUAUCCCAUGACGGGUUUAUGUUGAGUUACAUAUCUCUCACCAAAUCACAAGCAUGCGGUGGAAACUUUUUCACUCCGGAAGGUUUCAUUAAAUCUCCAAACUAUCCGGACGAAUAUCCAAACUCCAAAGAUUGUAGCUGGGUGAUAACCGUGCCGGUGACGAACCAGAUCGAAUUGAAUUUUACAUCUUUCAUGCUAGAAGAAAGUAUGGACUGCCGCUUUGAUUACGUUGAAGUUCGAAACGGAGGAUACGCGUCGUCGCCUUUGAUAGGGAAAUUUUGCGGAAGCAAGAUACUUUCAUCUAUAUCGUCGAUGGGCAAUUCUCUGUUCAUUAGAUUUGUUUCUGAUGGAUCGCGUGCUAGGAAAGGAUUUUUGAUGCAAUGGUAUACAUCUGCAAAAGGUUGUGGCGGAACACUCAACUCGGGUAUCGGACACAUAGUAUCGCCAAACUAUCCGCUGCCUGUCCAGGAGACAUUAGAAUGUUUUUACAAGAUAGCCGUGACACAAGGAAGUCAGAUCAAACUCACUAUAGUCGAUCUUGAACUAACAACUGGCGCUUUUUCUGGAUCUUUGUGCAAAGACGAUUACCUCGAAUUUUUUGAUGGUGCAAGUACAGCUAGCAAGUCUUUGGGUACUUUUUGCUCUGACGUCCAUUCUUGGUUCGUUCAUUCGUCCUCGAAUGAGAUGUACAUUAAAUUCAGAAGUAGUGGUUUAUCGAAGGGCAGAGGGUUUUCAUUGAAAUAUGCUACAGAUUGUAACGUAACGUUAAAAGGCUACCAGGGCGCAAUAGAAAUAGCUAAAUAUGAAAAUACUUUAACGGAUAAAUGUGCAUGGACCGUUAUGGCUCCCAAAGGUAAUAAAAUGAACAUAACUUUUACUACGUUCAAAAUGGCUAACAGCCGUAUGCGAGCACUCAUGUUCCACCGUUUUGGUCAAAUGGAUCCAGCUACUUCUUGUAAUACAUCUCAGUUAACCAUAUCCGAAGGAGUCAAACUAGACGAAGUGAACACAGUGCUCUGGAAAUAUUGUACGAGCGAUCCACCUCUGACAAUAUCAUCUACAACGAAUAUUGUGCGAGUAAAUUAUAAUUUCCGAAGUAAAUGGCCGUUUUUGGAUAGAUACGAUAGUUUUCGAUUAGAGUGGAUAGUUGACGGAUGUGGGGGAGUGCUUAAUCAACCGGAUGGAGAAUUCACAUCACCUGGCUAUCCGGGAGUGUACCCUAGUAGUGUAUCGUGUGAAUGGAAAAUUGUCGUCGAUUAUGGAAAUACUAUAGAAAUAACUGUAGAAGAUUUUUGGUUCGAAUCGUCAUUGUCUUGCAACUUUGAUUUCUUAGCAAUUUAUAGCGGGGAAGAUGAUUCUGGCCCCGAAUUAACUAGAAUAUGUCACAAAGAGUCCAAUUCGGUAAUUGUGACUACCGGUGGAAAUACAGCGUUUGUAAAGUUUGUCUCGGACAACGGUAUACAGAGGAAAGGGUUUAAAGCUUCAUACAAAAAUGUCGAAUCAAAAUGUGGAGGACUAUUUACUGCGCCUCAGGGUGUUAUUCACACAACCAACUACCCUCAAAACUAUGACUCUAAUAGCUCUUGCGUGUGGUACAUCGAAGUGACAGAAACUCAUUUAAUCAAUUUAACGUUUGUCGACUUUAGCACCCGUAGUAACCCGGUUUUAGGAAACGACAGGGUGCUUGUGUACGACGGUGACAUUGAAGGUCAACUACUUUUGAACCAUUCUGGAAACAGUAUCCCGCCAACGAUUAUAUCUUCGUCUAAUAAGCUAGAAAUAUCUUUCAAAGUCGGAAAAGGCGAAUUACGCGCUAAAGGAUUUAAGGCUGUCUACAGAAUAGCAUGUGGCGCCAAACUAGUGACAAAUGAUUCAGGGAUUAUCACCAAUCAUCCGUCUUUUAAUUCCGUGGAAUCGUCAAACUGCGUAUGGACAAUUAUAUCGGGAAUUCCUCAGUCAAAGGUCACGUUAACUUUUACUCAGAUCGAUGUUGGCCAUUAUACUGAAGAUGUAGUUGGCAAUCACACCGAGGACUGUUCUAAUGUGUUGUUUUCAUCGACUAUUCGAGUUUUGGAAGGCCGUGAUUCAGACGCGCCUGAAAUUACAAAAAUCUGCAAAUCUAAUCCAUUCCCAUCGCCUAUCAUAAGUAACGGACCCGCCAUGCGAAUUGAGUUUAAUGAAACCUCAGGUGGAUUUGAUUCGUUUACUGCCAGUUAUUCUGUACGGUCGAUAGCUUGUGGUGGAACAUUCGACACGAUCAGAGGAACAAUUUCUUCGCCCAAUUACCCAAACGGGUAUCCGAGAGAUGCGGAAUGUGUUUGGAUAUUAAAGUCGUCUGCUGGAAAUCGCAUGACGUUAAACUUUAUUGACUUUCAAUUAGAGUCUGAUGAAUUUUGUAACGUUGACUAUGUAGAAAUCAGAGAAGGAAAUUCCGUGGGUCCACUUUUAGGCGUCUACUGUGGACCGAAUAUUCCGUCCACCGUAAUGUCUGGUGAAACACUUUGGGUGAAAUUCCGUUCCAGCAACGUUGGUUCUGCCAAAGGAUUUACGGCUAAUUUUAAAUACGCAUCGAAUAACGAGUUGGGAGGACGGUCUGGCAUGAUUGCCAAUCCGGGAUAUCCAAAAAUGUUCAGAGGCAAUGGUCAUUAUUCUUGGAGAAUAACUGUCGACAAUGGAAAACGAAUACAAUUAGUGUUUAAGGAAAUGAUAUCUACGUCUACGGAUCACUACAUAGAAAUUUUCGAUGGCUACGACGAAAAUUCGGUGAAUUUGUUGUCGAGUACAGGUCUAGUAUAUUCGGACUUUACAGAGCCAAUGUUAUCGAGCGACAACGUUGUGUACAUCAAGUUCUACACGGACUCGCUCAGUGGAUCUUACGCAGUAACACAUUUUUUGAUAUCAUGGAUUCAAUUGGAUAAACCAUCUGCCCAAUUUUUGUUUCCCGAGUUUGACUACGAAACCGCGUCGAACACAUCCGAGAUAGACUAUUAUUUAUCACAGUCUACCAACUCCAGUGUGAUAAUUACAAGUCCCGGUUAUCCCAUUGGGUAUGCGCCAAAUCUGAAUAUAACCUGGACAAUUCACACUGAACCAAGAAAUCACAUUGAAAUUGAUUUUAUAAACGUUCAAUUGUCCGCGAGUUCAAGAGCUUUCCUGUCUUGUUACAGGGAUUAUAUACUUGUUAAAACGCUGGAUCCAGAUAAUGGAAACAUGAAAUUUUUGGACAAAAUAUGCAAAAAUAAAAUUCCCGGAUCAGAUUCGACUUUGAUUGGUAGUAAUAUAGUAAAUUUAUCAUUCGUAUCAGGCAAAACGAACGGUACUGGGUUUAAAGCAGAAGCAAAAAUGAAAUGUGGUGGUCAUUUAAGGGACAGAUCAGGUACACUUAAUGUAACUGCGAUAUCCUCCUGUACUUGGAAUAUUACUGUGCGCCCUGGCAGACAAAUCGCUCUGAAAAUCACACAUUUUAAAACAGCGACAGUUAGCACUCCUACUUGUUCAAAUAGUUAUGUUUUGUUGAAAAAUGGUAUUUACGAAGAUUCUCCUCUUCUCGGUAAAGGCAAGUAUUGCGAAGAAACAGAUGCAACUCUACCGUUGACAACUGACAACAAAUUACAAGUUCAAAUAAAAGCAGACAUUCACGAUGUCAUUACAAUAAGCUACCAAGAACAUUCAUUGAAUUGCGGUAGCCAAAUAUCGUUGACGGACGCCGGUAAUAUCACUCAAAUUACAUCUCCUAUGUACCCAAACAUACCACCGGCACACACAGAAUGCACUUGGAUCGUAGUAGCACCUACAGGAGAGCGGAUUUCCGCCACCGUCGAAGACAUAGAUAUUAAAUAUGACGAAAAGUGUCCACAAGAAUAUCUCGAGUUCAGAGACGGGGGUGCUCACAUUUCGCCAGUGAUCAAUCGGUUGUGCCGAACGACGGGCAUUCCUGAUAUCGAGACCACACAAAAUUAUCUGUACAUCAAGUAUUUCACCGAUUUGAACGUGCCGAGCAACGGAUUCAAAUUAAAUUUGUCCAUAGCCAGGUGUGGUGGCACUCGUCGCGGUGCCAAAGGUGUCAUCGCUUCGCCCCAUUAUCCGGGCUCGUACGAUUCCAACAUGGACUGUGAGUACCGAAUUAUAGUCAACAACCACUAUAGGAUUGUGCUGAGUUUCGUCACAUUGUCUUUGAAAAGGCUAAUACCAGAUCACGGGGUGAUCCACGCGGUAGCAGACAACGAAACGGUUGACGACACGUUGACCAUAUUUGACGUGGACCAGUUUAACGGCACAAGAACGAUGAUAACCAAGGUUUUCGGAUCCAACAGCCCGGCUUCGCCAAUCAGAUCGUCCGGUCAGGAAUUAGUGAUCAAAUUCAAAUCGGUUCCCAAGAGUGGACCGUUCACAUCAAAGAGCAACAACGCCAAGUUCUUGUUGUCUUAUGAAACCGAGUACAACGAUUGUGCGAAAGACUAUGAGAUGGAAAGUGGCGAGAUAGAAGGACCUCGUUUUGAUAGCUUGCAUUCGAAUCGAAUAGCCUGUGUGUACAGAAUAAUUGUGCCACAAGGCCGUCGGAUUACGGUGGAACUUCUGCACGGACGAUCGAUCGCCGAACGCUGCGAUACCUUGAAACUGUGGGGAAAUUACAAAGAAAAGCUUUUCUUUAUGAGCUACGAAGCGUCAAUGUACAGCGAAACUUGUAUCGACUAUACGUAUAGCCUCAAGACGUUUAACUAUGUCUACGAAUCCACUUCCAACGUGAUGGUUGUCGUGUACAGAUUUUCGUAUGGUAGCCAAAUUGGUUUUCGACUGAAGUUCACGUCGGAAAAACCUUCAAUAUGUGGAGGAUCUAUAGACACUAGUGCUGGUGGACAAUUACAACUGCCUCCUUCGAACCUGACAAGAUUUUAUUGCGCAUGGGACUUUGUAAACAAAAACGGUACAGUAGUGAUAAAUGCGAAUUUCAAAGUUACCGACAACGUCAUGUCGUUUGAUUACACCAACACUUUGGAAGCCAGUGACGGCAACUUAAUAUAUCUAAAAGACUACAAGCCAAGCGCUAAUUCCAACGACAAGUUCAUUAUUCGAAGUCCGUUAGCAUCAACUCAUGUCAUAGUUAAAGGCAACACAAAAUACAUCAACUAUACAGCCACUCUCAACUACACCGUAAGUAAAUGUGGUGGAAUGUUUGAAGGACAAAAAUUGACCAUAACAAGUCCGAAUUACCCGCAAAACUUUGCACCCAACACGAAUUGUGCUUGGUCGGUAAAACUUCCUGAAGGCCAAAACGUAAACAUUCGUUUCACCGAUUUUGAUUUGGCAUCCUCGUGCGAAUCGAAUUUCUUAGCGUUCCACAACGGGCCUGACCCCGAAGCUCCGUUGUUGGGCAAAUUCUGCGGUAAUGUGUUGCCUGCUAACCUGGAGACGUUCUCGAAUAAUAUCUGGGUGGUGUUUGCGUCCGGCGAUCAAAUUUCGAAAAAAGGGUUCAACGUAACGAUCGAACCGAAAGUGCAAAGCGGUUGCGGCCAGUCGUAUUUACUGGAAAAAGGAGAAAUAACCAGCACAAAUUUCCCGGGCUCCUAUCCCGACAACGACGAAUGCGAAUGGACAAUAAACGUGGAACCGGGCAACAGAAUCAGUUUGACAUUCGUCGACAGGUUCAACGUGGAGCAGAGCAAAAACUGCACCAAAGAUUUCGUACAGGUUUACGACCUCGUAGAUGGAGACUGGGUACCUCUUGGAAAUCGGUUAUGUGGCAGACAAGUACCGCCGACGAUAAACUCUACGGGGACCAAAAUCAAAGUUCGUUUCCGUUCGGAUAGCGAAAUAACAGCAGAAGGAUUUAAAGCUACAUGGAAGAGUUUUUGCGGAGGUGUAUUCACUGAGAGUACAGGAAAAAUCGUUUCCCCGAACUUUCCAAAAUUGUAUCGUCACGGUUUAACGUGUAACUAUACCAUAAUCGCUCCAAAAAAGAACAUUCGUUUGGUUUUCAAAUCGUUCAACAUUGAAGAUGCCAAUUGUCGUUAUGACAAUUUAACGAUUUAUGAUAAACCGCAUGAAAAUAUCAAUGCGAAGUCAUUGCAUUUGAUCGGGACAUAUUGCGGGAAAAAUUCGCCAAAUGUGCUAACUCUGAAUAGUCAUGUAAUGCUAUUGUUCAAGACGGAUAGUUCGGGUACUUAUUCAGGAUUCGAAAUUGAAUACGACACAGAAGGAUGUGGAGGCGAAAUGACUGAACCUGGAUUGAUAACAUUUGUAAACAAGAACAAUAAUUUAGCAAGCUAUGCUUAUAUGGUUAACUGUACGUGGACAAUUCAAGCUCCGCCGGAACAGAUAAUCGAAUUAUUUUUCAAUAAAUUCCAAGUGGGCAUGUCGAACGAAGGAGAAGGCUGCGACUCGGACUUGGUCACAGUUUAUGACAGUCCCAAAAUAAAUUCCAAUAAGACCUUAGGCGAAUUUUGCGGAGAUUUGAACGACAUGUUACCCGUAGUUCGGUCCACGGCCAACUCGAUGGUCGUUGAAGCUGUUAACGAUGGUUCGGCGUACAACCUUGGGUUUUCCGGCGAAAUUGUAUUCACUUAUGGCGAAGCUAGUGGAUGCGGUGGUACAAUAAAGUUGGACCAAACGAAUUAUCAAUCUGGGUACACACUGGAAUCGCCCAAAAGGUUGAAAAGGACUUCGUUGGAUUGCGGCUGGCUGGUUAUAGUCAAUUCAUCGUACGCGGUGCAGAUACAGAUGGUCAAGUACACAGAGACCCCGAAAUGUUCCACAAAUUCUACAAGCUGCGGCUGUAGUUCUAUACAGUUCUUAGACGGUCCGGGUCGGGCAAGUGCAAGUAUUCAUAAGUAUUGCGCUGGAGAAGCCGACGUUGGUCCGCUGAUCUCGGCUGGCAGUGAGGCUUAUAUACGAAUGCAAGUUUUUAGCGACGACGUUGGCGUCGACUUUGAGUUGAAGAUUAAACCGGUGACAUCUGUAUGCGGUCCACGUGCGUUAAUAGCUUCGAACAAGACACAAGUGUUGGCUUCUCCCGGCUACCCAAUGUCUUGUGAUAACAACUUGAGAUGCGUUUGGACAAUAGGCGUGGACGAAAUCUAUCCAAUAUUGUCAUUGCACUUCACGGAAAUCGCGUUGCAACAAACCAAAGAUUGCCAAACAGACUAUUUAGAACUUCAAUAUUCAACCGAAAUGACGCCGUUUACGUUGCGGUUAUGUCAUGUAGAUCAUCAAUUCGACUUCCACGUUAGACUUUGGGGGAAGCCUUUGACUUUGAAACUAUUCACCGAUGAACGAGAAUCGUCCAGGAGAUUCCGGUUGGAAUAUUCCAAAACCAGAUGCCAACCGAGUUACAACAACACUCAGGGCCGUGUAAUGUUUGAUAUGAAUAAAAUAUCUUCGGUUUCCGACGAUUGUGUGUUCACCAUAGACGUCGGUCAACCCAAUUUGACGAUUUCUGUAUACUUUACUACGUUUGCCAUAAACGACCCUUCGAAUUUCCUUAAAGUUUACGAUGGCUCGUCCACGUCGGCACCUUUGUUGGCAAAACUCACGGAUUCUUCACAAGUGUACACACCUGUGCCCAUAUUUUCUUCGGCGUCGACUCUAACAAUGCAUUAUAAGGUCUCGCGUGCAGACAGUGGAACGAUGGACUUUAGUUACACGUCAACAGAUCAAGGCAAAGGAUGUGGCGGUAGACUGUUCAACACAAAGGGUACAGUUACGAGCCCAAUGUAUCCGAAAUUAUACAGAAACGGCACCACUUGCCGAUGGGAUAUAGCUGUACCUGCGCCACAGCCAAUAGGAAUAGCGUUUAGAGUUUUUGAUCUUGGACCGAAAUCAAUGUGCGACACCAACUUCGUGGACAUGUACGACGUCGACCAAAACACCGGCAAAGAGUCGUUUGUGGCUAAAUACUGCGGCGGGGACACUCCGGCGUAUCAUGUAAGCAAAACGGGAGCUGUGUUUAUUCGGUACACCACAAACAUACACAACGUCGGGUCGGGUUGGAUAUUGAAUUUUCAACUACAUUCCGACUAAUGAAUAUAUUAUAUUAUUAUAUUAUAUACUAUGCCUCGAAAAUACAAUAUAGCGUGCAUAUUAUUAGUUAGACACAA